UGGCUUUUCUUCGUAGUUUGUGGGAACAAGGGGCUCAUGCGUGCUGACCUUUAAAGUUUAAACGCGGGACGUAAACAAAUUCAUGCAGAUCGGACGCGUUAUUUAUGUGAACACUCGGCCGCAGAUUUUUGUCAUAAGUAAAACAUGUUGAAAAGAACUUGUCCUUUUGGGGAGUCUUUCCCAAAUCAGAUGAAAAUUCACGUCGGGCUGAAGGAAGUGGCAGAAGGAGUGGACAAAGAGAAACACAUGAAAGAAGUUUAUGAGAAAACUCUGGCCAUGAUGUUUGCAGCCCAGAGGCAAGCCAAUGAACUCAACAAGGCUCAGGCUGCAGAUGGCCAUCACCUUGACAACGGUAGCAUGGACAGCAAAGAAGCAGAUGGUUGCCAUGACAAUGGGUGCAACACUCCCCACAUGGAUCUGUUGCCUGGUCAGUGUUUCUUGGAUGAGCAUGGGCAGAUCGUCAUUGGGAAGACUGUCGCAACCAAGUCGAAGGAAGCAGACGCAGCACCAUCAAGAUGUUGCGCCUGCCACAAGCCCACGGCUCCUGUGGCAGUGGCCCGCUGUUACGCCUGCCAAGAUCCAAUGUGCCCGGCCUGCUUGAGACGUUGUCUCCAGUGUGAGAAUGGUUUCUGCAACAUGUGCUCGCUAAUCAAUUAUGAUGAAAAUUGGGAUAGGAUCUUUUGCCUGAGCUGUUCCUCACGAAUGGAAUGAGCCAGCUUGCGAUGCCCUUCUCCUCACACAUUACAGAUGAAGGAAUUUGGUGGAAUUCCACUACAGCAUGAAUGAAGCGAGUUCAGCAUCCAGAUAUUAUGUACUUAAGAUGAGCCCCAUCACAGGUCAUUUGAGAGCAUUAAUACAUGUAUCCAUAUGCAUAAGGUCAGCCCUAACGAGGCCAACAGAUCCUAUUUGAUUGUGUUCCCCAAAGUGUCUCAUAUUCAGUGUAAUCUGGUAGAUAGUGGGGUGCCAGGCUAUUUGGAGUACUACUUCACUUUGUUUUUUAAAUGUGGUGUGAAAAAAUUUCGAUACUAUUUAUUACCAAGUUGAAGCUGUUCUAAAUAUAAGCUAGCAUGAAUUUGUAAUGCACUUUUAUUUUGUCACCAUUAUUUUUACUCUCAGGAUACCAAAAUAAAAUUAACGUCACUCUCAAAUCCAUGCGGUCAACACACGAAUACAGUCUUCUCACAAGCACUGAAUAUGUUCAGACCGUUGUUACCUUACGUGCUUCACUCACUCUCAAAUGACCUUGUAAUAUUUGAAAUACUGAACAGGCUCUUUCUGACAGGUAUGAUGAUGGAUGCAGAAUUUUCGGAGUUCUCAUCACACGCAGCGAAGAUGUUCAUGCUUCACCUUACUGUACUUUUUGUUCCCUGUAUCACACAUCUCUCAUUGUCGGAGGUCCUGCUUGAAAUGAAAAUGGUGCUAUGUCUGGUCAGUGAGCAAGGAGAUACAGUUCUUGUCAACCCAGCGCCACUUACGAAAUAAAAAAUCGUGAAUUAAAUACAAAAUCCAAAAGGAUGGAAUAAAGACCAAAAUACAUACAUCUGGAACUUUAUUCACCAUUUACACUUACCUACACAUUUGUAGGCACUUCUUGUAUAUUUCGAUUACUAUGUUUCUGUACUAUGAAUAUAUGGUUGUUAUAUAGUUUGUAUAGUAUUGAAAAUAAAAACGGUUAAUUUGUUAUGUUAGAUUUCCAGUGUGCAACUAUCAUCAGUAUCUAUCAAUUUCAGUUAACCUUUUCUUAUAUUUAUCAUUCUCUGAAUAUAAUAAAAAAAAGUUGUUGCUCCCCUAAAACCUAAA